GCUAUAACGUCAAUUGUCACAUUAUUAAUAAAUAUGUAUUAUGUGGCACUGAAGAGUGAACUCGGACACUGGAAUUUAAAUUUUAAAUAAUAAAUGAAAACGAGUAUGAAAUAUUAUCGUGGUGAAAAUAGCGACAAAUAUUAUUUAUAAUUCCGCCAGAGCCAAGUGGACACUUGUUUUACAUUUUUAUUUGUAAUAUAAAUAAUAUAACGAUUGGAAACUUUUUAUUUGAAAUGCCAUGGAUGUACUUUAUCAUCAAACCAGUCAAUUAAUACAGGAAGCAUUCGAUUUAUUUCAUAAACUUGAUUCCAUUCCAGACUCUGAAAGAGUUGAAAAUGAUAUACAAUUUAAGAUUAACGCUAUUAAUGGAAAUUGUGAAAGGCUUGAUAUUUUGGUGUUCAAAACACCAAUUAAUCAGAGACCAAUGGCUAAGAUGAGAGUGGAUCAGUUGAAAUAUGACAGUAAACAUUUACAGGCCUCAUUAAUCAAUGCCCAGAAUAAAAGGAGAAGGCGAGAACAAGAAAAGUCUGAAAGGGAACAAUUGUUGAGUCGACGAUUUAAUGACCAUAUGGAAAUAACGGUAGAUUAUUUGGCUCAGGAGAAUAAUUCGUUGCAGAAUUCUCAUAGGAAUGUUGAUGAAAUGUUGCAUACAGGCUCAAGUAUUUUGGAGACACUGCGAUACAACCGAGACACACUCAAAGGUGCUCAUAGAAGACUUAUUGACUUGGCGAAUACCCUUGGCCUGUCCAACGCAACGAUUUCUCUAAUAGAAAAAAGGGUGACGCAAGACAAAUACGUCCUCUUUGGUGGAAUGUUUGUGACAUUGUCUGUGAUCGCUCUUGUAAUAGUCUAUUUUAUUUAAUCUAUGCGAUUGUCAUUGUUGAUGUAAAAAUAGAGUUAUUCAACAUAUUUUUUUUGUUUUUACUGUGGUUUUGACUUUAUUUUUAGUUAAAUUAACAAACAAAAAAAAACAGAUUUUCACUGAUAUUUUUGGAAUCACAUAUUCUUUUUUUUGUAAGUUUCGUAAUUAUCGGAAAUAAACGUUACAUUUAUAGAAAAACUUAAUACAUAAAAAUAUAAGGGAUGUAACGGGCGGCCUUAUCGCUACUAUACAUUUAUAUUCAGUAUUUAAAUGUCGAACACAAUAUGACAAUUGCUUUAAGAUUGUUGCUUGGAAUUAUAUAUUUUCAUCAA